AUGGAAAAAAUCGAGGCUGAAUUUCACAAGAUUCUGGCUAGAUCGCCUGACCUGAAGCCGAUUGAAAAUGUCUUUCACUUGGUAAAGAAAAGUCUCGAGAAUGAAGCAAUUGCUAAUAAUAUAACGCACGAAACGUUCCAAGACUUUUCAGCGCGGGUUUUAAAAUCCUUGGAAAAUCUGUCAACCGAU